AUGGCGGGAAUGGUCGGCGCUUCUCCCGUGGCCAGGAAGGAGGCGGACGUGGCGGUGACGGUGAGUGCGCAGGCGGCGGCGCUCGGCGAUCAAGCUCACGUGCAAGAGACCGACAUUCCGUACUCCAUUGCAUGUAGCGGCGUGCCGUCGUCGCCGUCUGGGCUUCACCUCGGCGCGUGCGCGUCCAUCGUGCGCAUGGCGACAGAGGUCAGUCUCGACGCGCACCACCACGGGGCCUCCGCGGAGGCGCCGCAGCUGCUCAAUCAGACGGGGCACCCGACGCUGACGAUCAGCACCGAGGAGCCGUGGCGGGACCGCCGGUUCGAUCACUUGAAGACCUUCUCCAGCGGCAGCCGCGUCGAGCGCCAGCUCUCCACCUUUCACCCUCAUCUGGCAGAGAUCGAGGACGUCGCAGACUCGAAGAUCUCCGAGGAGGAGGAGGCGACCGGCGACGGCGACGGCGACAACGAGAACGAGGUCCCCAGCGCCGACUGGUACGUGUUCAUGACCCCGAUCUUGCUGCUCGACCUCAAGAUCUACGGCCAGUGGAUGUCCGGCGGGGGGCUCCGGCUGUCCAAGGUGGCGAACCCGACGAGCCACCUGGCCAUCGUCGGCAACUUCGUCGGCGCCCUGCUGGGAGCCCUGGUAGGACUCCACGAGGCGCCCCUCUUCUUCUUCGCCGUCGGGCUGGCGCACUACGCCGUGCUGUUCGUGACGCUGUACCAGUGGCUCGACACCAACGACGUGCGGCUCCCCAAGGAGCUCCACCCGGUGUUCUUCCUCUUCGUCGCCGUCCCCAGCGUCGCCUCCAUGGCAUGGGCCAGGCUCUGCGGCGAGUUCGGCUUUGGCGCCAAGAUCCCCUACUUCAUCUCCCUCUUCCUCUUCAUGUCGCUGGUGGUGUCCGUAUCAACUUAUUCUUCAGAGUCAGGUUCUCGCUGGCGUGGUGGGCCUACACGUUCCCGAUGA